AUGGGCACCGAAAUGGACACCUUUUCGGCCCGUCUGGCCAGUUUCGACAUUGUUCUCCGGCCAGACAAGCGGAGAUCUUCAAAUAGCAAAGGCCCCAAUGCGAUCGCAUGGCCUCACGAAAGCCCAUCAGCUGAAGAGUUGGCGCAAGCAGGCUUCUACUACAAACCCUACGAAAGCAAUCCCGAUAACACAACAUGUUUCCACUGUCACCGCGCAUUGGAUGGCUGGGAAGAAGAGGACAACCCUAUCACUGAACAUCUCAAACACGCCCCGGACUGCGGUUGGGCUGUCAUGAUGGACAUCCAACAGCGUAGUUCCAACCCCAAGAAAAUCGAGGAUCCAAUGAGUGAGCGGAUCAUCCAGGCGCGUGCGGCGACAUUUGGAACUUCAUGGCCACACGAUGGAAAGAAAGGAUGGGUGUGCCAAUCGGAAAAGAUGGUUGAAAGCGGUUGGUAUUUCUGCCCGAAUGAAGACAGCGACGAUCUCGCCAGCUGCGCCUACUGCAAACUGUCACUCGAUGGUUGGGAGCCCAAAGAUGAUCCUUAUGAUGAACAUUUCCGCCGCUCUUCCUACUGUUCUUUCUUUGUCUUCGCACAGCCUACUCAAAAGGGCAAGGGAUCUCGCACCAAGAAGUCCCGUACUUCCAAGGCUUCUUCACGCCUCUCAACUCAAUCUGUCGCAACUACUACCUCUGAAGCCCCCGAAUUGGAUACGGACAUGGAUAUGGACGACGAAAUAGAUCAAAGCAUCAUGUCUCAGACUACAACCAAGGCGAAAGGAGCCAAGAGAGGACCCAAGGGCAAAGGCAAGGCCGCGAAAGUGAAGAAGCAGGAUGACGAGGUGGACGUCCAACUAGAUGUCAAUGACGUUGAUGAUGUACAACCUGAACCCGAAGACGAGCCCGAGCCGCCAAAGGCAAAGCGUGGGGGACGCGGCAAGAAACGAGUGAGUGAGGAUAUCGACAACGACGAGCCCGAGCCAGUCGCUAUCCAGGAGCGAGAACAGUCACCAGCCGCAGAGCCUCCCUCAAAACGCCGAGCGACGGGCACACGAGGGAGCAGUGUUUCUCGGUCGUACGAUUAUGAAUCUCGCGAUCAUGAAAUGCAAGAUGCAGAGUCGGUCGAUGAAGCAGCCCCAAAAAAGAGGGGCCGCAAACCAAAGAAGGCUACAUCAAAGAGCCGGAAGGCUUCUGAUGUAUCUACUUCAUCUAAAGUUCCAACAAAGGAGCGUCUUCCACGUGACUCGGAAUUAGACGCGGCUAUCCAGGCCGGCCUUGAUGCUGAUGCUGACGAGCCUGCGGCGCAGGAGCCCGAAAUCGUGGAAGAGCUGGAGCCCGAGCAGGAGAAUGAACCAGAGCAAGCCCCGCGUGUCCUGAAGAAAUCCAAGUCCACAAAGAAAUCGAAGGCUACUGAAAAGGCAUUGGAGCCCGAAGAAAUGGACGCUCAAAUAGAGGAAUACGAGGAGCAAGUCGGAGACCGCGCAGGAGCUGAUAUUUUCGAGAUAGAGGAGGCUGAGGAGCCUGCUCCAAAGACAAAAUCCAGCAAGUCUUCAAAGAAAGAGAAAGGGAGCAAGAAGAGCAAAAAGGAGGAAGGCACUAAGGCUGAGAAGAAAGCAUCACAAAGGUCUGUAGAGCCUACGCCAAUUGAUGAUGACAUGUCAGAGCACGAAUAUCACGACUCCUUGGUUUCUGUUGAAGCCGACCACCAGAAUCCUGAGCCCGAAGCAGAUGCUGUAUCGGAGGCCGACGAGAAGCCAGUGAAGAAGAAGUCCUCGAAAACAAAGGAUCAGAAACCAAAAAAAUCCAAGAAAUCCAAGAAGGAGCCUUCUCCCACCCCCGACCCUGUUGUUGAGCCCGAGCCCGAGCCAGAAUCAGAGUUCGAAGCCGAAGCUGAAGCUGAACUCGUGUCAGAGCCCGAACCAAUUUACGAACAACAAGAUGCCCGGUCCCCUUCCAUGUCCAUGGAUGAAUUCGGAACCCCAGGUGACAUCCCGGACCAGGUUGAGAUGGUUCCAUCUCCUCAGCCACCUUCCUCAGAGCUACGAAAAGAAAGGACCCCGGUCCCUCCGAAAACGACAAAACGAUUCAGUGACAUUCCUCAAGAAGAGCACCUCGCCGAGUCAUUCAGCGAAUCUCAAAGGUCCCGUGGCAGCGGGAAACAAGAGACCAAGCCCCAGAGGAUAUCCAAAUCCUCAAACAGCGCGGUAUCACCUCUACCACCUCCUCACCAAAGUACUCCAUCGCUGUCACCGCAAUCAUCUGACGCUGAGAAUCGACCACCAUCAUCUCGGCCCGCUCUAUCCUCCACGCCGAGACAACAAACAAUGCAAGCACCACUAGCGGCUGCCACUCCCUCGCCUUCAAAACGCAAUCCGAAUGCAGGAUUCCCUGCCUCAGCUCACCCUUGGACUCCUGUGGAUAUCGACGAACUUCUAUAUGGAGAAGCUAGUGACAAGGAGAAUGCCGAUUUGUCGAGUAUCUUCAAGGAUAUAAAGGCUGGUCUGACUAGCCCCGAGAAGAAAAUGAGCGUUGAGCAGUGGAUUCUAUGGAAUGCGAAGAACGGCGAGGAGCGUCUCAAGAGAGAAUGUGAACGGCUGGUCAGUCAAUUCGAGAAAGAGGGCGGUCGUGCCAUGCAGCGGCUCGAGGCUAUUGAGUGCAUGGAUUGA